GGUCCUCGAGACUUUAUCGCGCACGCGCGCCCUCUCGCGCGCGUUCGCUGUUUCUCCGAGGAGCUCGUGGGAGAGACGCGGCCGAGCAGCCGGUAGAUCACAGACAUGAUUUGUGUUUUCUUGGCGUUCUUCGCUCACGUCUUCAAGACAGGAUGGACGGGUGUGAACGAGCGCACUUUCAUCGCCGUGAAGCCUGACGGUGUCCAGAGGAGGCUGGUGGGAGAAAUCAUCCGCCGCUUUGAAAGAAAAGGCUUUAAACUGGUCGGCCUGAAAUUCCUGCAGGCUUCUGAGGAGCAAUUGAGGGAGCACUACUGGGAAUUGAGAGAGAAGCCAUUCUACAAAGGCCUUGUGAAAUACAUGAGCUCUGGGCCUAUUGUAGCAAUGGUAUGGCAAGGUCUGGAUGUGGUGAAAACAUCCAGAAAGAUGCUUGGCGAGACAAACCCUGCAGACUCUCUUCCAGGAACCAUCCGAGGAGAUUACGGUGUGGAAGUGGGCCGGAACGUUGUCCAUGGAAGUGACUCAGUGGAGAGUGCACAGAGAGAAAUCUCCCUGUGGUUCAAAGAGCAUGAGCUCGCCUGCUGGGAAGAGAGCACUGAGCAGUGGAUCUACGUAUGAUGCCCUCUCUUUACCACAUCAACACACAGCAUUGUAACCUGAUGUAUGUCUAGCAAUAUGAAAUUUUUCCCUGAAGUACAAUUCUACAGAAUUGGUACAAAAGUUUGAAUUCUUUGUGGCAUUUCUAGAGGUCUAGUGAGUGGCAUGGUAGAGCUCUCUACCAAAAUGUACACACACAAAGGAUUUGAGCUGUGGAUGUGCUGAAAUGAACCAUUUCCAUUUCAUAAGCUAAAUAGAGUCAGAUGUCAAAACUACAAAUCGUUAUAGGACUUAUUGUUGAAAUAAGUCUUGUUGCUAUUUGAGAAGCUAAAAUCUUGAUUAGUAGUUAAAAAACACAUGCUGUUUCCUUUGCUCGUCUUUUUGCAAUGUUCAAAACUUAGUUGGGUAUCUUUAGUGGUCCUGCUUUUUGCAUGUUUUCCUGGAUAGAGGCAUAAAAACAAAAACGUGACACUAUAAAAUAUUUAUCUUCUGCUCAUUCAUCCAGGGCCUGUUAGUCAUUAGUUAGCUUGCUGUUUAAAUGCUGACUACUGUUGCAUAUUCAGUUCUGUUUCUAUAUGGAUUUAGGUUUAUAUUGAUAAUUUGACGUUUCCUAGACUUUUUCCACUAGCAUUGAUGCCCUGGCCGCAAUAAAAAGAAAAAAAAAUAAUAAAUCAGUGUCCUGAAUUUCAGUUCUGUCCAAGAAUUUAAAUUUUAGCACAUCACUCUUGUCAGCUUGUGUGAAUAAUUGCAGAUUUAAACCAAAAACUGAUCUAGUAGUUGAGCAAUGCAGAAUUUAUAAUCUUGACCAAAAUGUACUGCACUUAUAACAGAAGGAAGGCUUGUGCUACCAUGAGCCAUAGACCACUCCAGCAAAUUGAUUAAAGCUAUACGCAUGUUCAAACUUAAGGAAAGGAAAACACCAGCAUUGUUUCAAUAUUGCAUGGGUCCUCUUGUAGAUCCUGAAGUGCAUGUUACUGUAUGUAUGGAUGAGAAUAAUGACAAAAGCAAUAAUGAGCUGAGUGAGCUUGUUCGCCUUACAGGCCUUACACUUGUGCUGUUUUUACACUCCAGCUUUGGCGCCUGCUAUUUUUUUUUUUUUUUUUUU